AUGGUUCGGCUCAACGUGGCAGCCGCGCUGUUCGGCCUGACGGCCGUUGCGCGGGCUGUUCCCGAUGCGCCGGUGGUUGUGCCGGGCGCGUACAUUGUCGAGUACGAGGAUGACGAGGACUCGCACUCGUUCGUCAACGGCCUCGGCGUCGACGCGACGCUCCGCAAGGACCUGCGGUUCAAGCUGUUCAAGGGAGCAUCGAUCCAGCUCAAGGACACGCAGAACGCCGAGCGGGUGGCGGCCAAGGUGGCUGCGCUCCCGCAGAUUAAGGCCGUAUACCCGGUGCGGCGGUACCCCCUCCCGCGGCACACGGUGCACUCGACGGGCGAUGCGGCCGCCGAGUACCUAGCUAAGCGCCAGGGCGACGACGGCGAGGACAAGUUCACGACCCAUCUUAUGACCCAAGUCAACCGGUUCCGGGACACCGGGGUCACCGGCGCGGGCAUCAAAAUCGGUGUCAUCGACACGGGUACCGACUACCUGCACCCGGCCCUCGGCGGCUGCUUCGGUGUGGGCUGCUUGGUGUCGUACGGCACUGACUUGGUGGGCGACGACUUCAGCGGCGCCAACACCCCCGUGCCUGACUCGGACCCGCUCGACAACUGCAACGGCCACGGCUCGCACGUGGCGGGCAUCAUCGCGGCGCAGAGCAACAACCCGUACGGCAUCAUCGGCGCGGCCCAGGACGUGACCCUGGGCUCGUACCGCGUCUUCGGCUGCAGCGGCGACACCCCCAACGAUGUGCUGAUCGAGGCGUACAACCUGGCGUACGAGGCCGGCAGCGACAUCAUCACGGCGUCGAUUGGUGGGCCCUCGGGCUGGAGCGAGGAUCCCUGGGCCGUGGUUGUGUCGCGCAUCGUCGAUAACGGCGUUCCCUGCGUGGUGUCGGCUGGCAAUGAUGGCGCGACGGGUAUCUUCUACGCAUCGACGGCAGCCAACGGCAAGAAGGUCACGGCCAUUGCCUCAUUCGACAACACGGUUACCCCGGCGCUGCUGACCAACGCGACUUACACGGUCGACGGCGGUUCUGAGGGUUCCUUUGGGUUCACGUCGGGCGAGCCGGGCGCGUGGGAGGACGUUACGCUGCCGCUGUGGUCUGGCAACACCGACGCGACGGACCCGGCUGACGGCUGCAAGGCCUACCCGGCCGACACCCCCGACCUCUCGGGCCACGUCGUGCUGAUCCGCCGCGGUACCUGCACGUUUGUUGAGAAGGCGACCUACGCGGUUGAGAAGGGCGCCAAGUACGUGCUGUUCUACAACAACAUCGACGGCACCGUGACGGUUUCCGCGGCCGUUGACGGGCUGACCGCCGUGGGCAUGGUGACCGCCAAGCAGGGCGAAGCCUGGAUUAAGCAGCUGGCCGCCGGUUCCGAGGUGGUUGUGCACUUGAAGGACCCCCUCAAGAGCGGCUCGUUCUUGGUCGAGAGCCCCAACACCGCGACCGGCGGUUUCCUCAGCGACUACACCAGCUGGGGUCCCACUUAUGAGCUCGACGUGAAGCCGCAGUUCGGUACCCCCGGUGGCCUGAUCCUAUCGACGUACCCGCGUGCUCUCGGUGCGUACGCCGUGCUCUCGGGCACGUCCAUGGCCUGCCCCCUGGCCGCGGCCAUCUACGCGUUGCUCAUCAACACCCGCGGUACCAAGGACCCCAAGACCCUCGAGAACCUGCUCUCGUCCACCGCUAAGCCAAACCUGUUCCGCCUCAACGGCGAGUCGCUGCCCGUGCUGGCCCCCGUCGCGCAGCAGGGUGCUGGUCUGCUGCAAGCUUGGGACGCUGCCUACGCGACGACCCUGCUCAGCGUGUCCAGCCUCGCGUUCAACGACACCGACCACUUCGCCCCCAACCAGGAGUUCACCGUGCACAACACCGGCAAGUCCUCCGUCACUUACCUGCUCAGCAACAUCGGCGCGGCUACCGCCUACACCCUCAGCACAGAGGACCCCGUCUACCCGGCGCCCUUCCCCAACGAGCUGGUCUCCAACUACGCCUCCCUUAAGUUCUCCCCUGCGUCCUUCACCCUCCGCUCCGGCCAGCGCAAGAUCGUCAAGGUCACCGCCAAGGCCCCCGUCGGCCUCGACGCGAAGCGCCUGCCCGUCUACUCCGGCUACGUCGCCCUCAACGGCUCCGACGGGUCCGCCCUCUCCCUGCCCUACCUCGGCCUCGCCGGCAGCCUGCACUCGGCCACCGUCCUCGCCAAGGACGCCGCCAUCAUCAGCGCCGCCAGCGACAAGGCCAAUGCCCCCGUGCCCGCCAACACCACUUUCACCCUCCCCCCUGCAGGCCACGCCAACGACACCGCCUACGCCGAUAUCACCGACCAGGUCAAGCUCAUCGCCGACCUCGCGCUCGGUUCCCCCUUGCUCCGCGCUGAAGUCGUCUACCUCGGCGGGCCACGCAUUCCCCGCGCCCCGCGCGCUGUCGUCAGCGCUGUUGUUAAUGCCGCGGCCGCGGCUGGCAAGAACAUCGGCCAGCCGGCUGGUUUCCCCAUCCCGUAUAACCCGCGUGGACCGUUUGUUUACACGUGGGAUGGUAAAUUGGAUGAUGGGUCGUAUGCGCCUGCGGGGCAGUACAAGAUUGUGGUGAAGGCGCUGCGGAUCUUUGGGGAUGCGAAGAAGGCUAAGGAGUUUGAUGUUGCGGAGACGGCGAGCUUUGGGAUUCGGUAUGCGAAGCUCUAG